UCCACAGUUGAUUCUUUGGGAAGGUAUUGUCAUGCAUAUAAAGGACGCGUAAAAUAUUCCCCCAGAGCGCAGAGCAGGGCAGAGACUCGCGGAUCGCACGCAGGACACAGACCUGGGCCACACGGUGGAUUUCUAUCGCUUUCGUCGCCACGGACCCGUCCAUCUGUCACAGACGCCCUGGCCACACGAGCAGCGACUUAUUGCCUGGACGUGUAGCCAGGAAACAGGUGGGAACGUUUAAGGAAAACCUGUGGGGACCCGGUAACGAGGAGGCUGCCCUGUGGAGAUCCUACUUCCAGUUUCCCCUCAGAGAAGUCGGAGGUGUCCCUCUUCUCCAUCCCCCUGCGAUAGGCGACCUGCUGCUGCUACAGAGGGGGAACUUCAUCUAGAGACCCUGGACCUCUCGAGAGCACCCCUUAAUGCUUUAGGGAUUUAUAGGAUCUCUCAAUUUAUUUACCUUUUUGCACACCGAGUGUGUUAUUUUCUCUAUUGUCCUUUUUGGGAUAUAUACAGUGAGCAUUUUUUGUCUUUAAGUACCUUAAAGUGCCUUAAUAACUGGUUGUAGUCCAGUGUAACUGUGGCAUUGUUACCAGACCAGAGACGCUCAGCAGGGAGAAGACGUUACCAUCAACUUUAGAGCUCCGGGCAGGAUUACGUGUUCCCCCACCAUCCAGCGCGCUGCAACCAUGAGCCAGGCGGAGGUGUCGACGUGCUCCGCGCCGCAGAGGGUUUUCCAGGAGGCGGUGAAGAAGGGCAACACCAAGGAGCUGCACUCGUUGCUGCAGAACAUGACGAACUGCGAGUUCAACGUCAACUCCUUCGGGCCGGAGGGACAGACGGCCCUGCACCAGUCCGUCAUAGACGGCAACCUGGAGCUGGUAAAACUGCUGGUGAAGUUUGGCGCAGACAUCCGACUGGCCAACAGGGAAGGGUGGAGCGCUUUACACAUCGCCGCCUUCGGGGGCCACCAAGACAUUGUGCUAUACCUCAUCACCAAGGCCAAGUACUCCUCUGGCGCCCGGUGAUCUGUCUCUGCUGUCAGGUAAAAAAAAAAAGAAAAAAAAAGACAAAUAACAGAACAACAGCAACAAUAAGUGGAAAAAAUCGAAAUGCAACACAUGCGGGAAAGCCAGGCUCUUUUCAAAACUGCCAUUAUCUACAUAGUUGUGCCAAAUUAUAUAUAUAUUCAUAUAUAAAAGGAAAUGCAUAAACAGGCCUGCACAAUAACCCUCCCUCACUGUAAACCAAACGGGGCCCUCUCUGCACCUCUGAGUGAAGCCACCACAUGGUUCACACACACACACACACACACACACACACACACACACACACACACACACACACACACACACACACACACACUCAGCACGAAUCUUGAACAAAAAAAAGAAAAACGCCACUUCGGUGAGUUUGUUGGUACUAAAGCUUUCCUCUUGAAUGUGUCUACUAUAGAUCGUGUGGUCCACUAGAAGAGCAGCCUGUGUGUGUGUGUGUGUGUUAGGACUCAGGAGUGCAGAUGGCCCAGUUUUUUCUCCUCUAUCCAUGACCUCCCAUCCUCAGUACAGUUGAAUAGUUUCUUUGUGGGGGGAGGGGGGAGGGGGGGUGUGUGCACAGAUUUGACCUGUUGCCCCUCAUGCAUUGUUCACUUGUAAAAAAAAUCCUCUUUUUCUAAGUUAUUUGAUAUGAAACACGGCACUUGAUGCUACAUGGCUGCAUGCUGGAAUAUCUGAAAGGGAAGACACACGAGCAAGAGAAGAAGGGUUGCCCUCUGUUGGCUACCAGAGGCCUAUAUUUCUUUAAUGAAUCAAUUUUUUUUUUUUUUUAACUCAAAGAGCGGCAUUAUGGCUAUCCAACACGCUUUCCAGAUGUGUAAUCAUGAUGUAACAACAACUGGCUUCAUCGAUGUUGUGAAGUACUGUACACAAUAGCUUUACUAUUAUUAUUUUUAUUUUAUUUUUAAAGAGAAAAAGAAAGAGACAGUAGCUGAGUGCACUGUGCCUCCUCUGCCGUGCUGGCGUCCAACUCUUUCCUGGCCAGUGCGACCACUUUGCCAAUGGUCACUGUGUUACUAAAAAAGAAAAACCGCUGCUUUCGCUUUGUAUCAAAAGAAAAAGAAAGAAAGAAAGAAAGAAAGAGUCGCAUUUGGAAUUCACUUUAUAAUCUCCUUUCAGUAUUUUAUUAACAUCCUAGUCAUCACUGUGAAAGCAGGCUGGGUUAUUAUUUUUUUUUUCUAUUUAUGAAGGUACAUUGAGAAGAUGCAUUUUUGAAUAUGUUGUGGUUCUUCUUUUAAAAAAAACAAACAAAAAUCUAUGAGUGUAAGAAUAUCUAAGGGUGACUCAAGCUGCUUCAGACUCGUAGUAUAUAAACUGUCCCGUGUGGAGGAAACCCUGCCACCCUCACCCACCACCACCAUCACCCCAGAAACCCAACUCCCCCCCCCUCUAGCCUGUUGACCCUCCAGAGGACUGUCUCCACCCCCCUCCUCCCAUUUAAAGGACUUUGUUUGGUUGCCUUUUGCCAGCUACCUCGACUUAUAAAGUAUUCUCAAGUUGUUCAGCUGUCUCACCACUCUGCCACGUUGUUUUGGAGUCUGAAGAGAUUCACUUUUUGUUUGUGAUCAUCCGCAUGCCAGUAUGUUUUGUUUUGUUUUUUGCUAUGACACCUGACAGACAGACGGACUCCAGAAGAUGCAAUGAACCCAUCCCUGCAUCCUCAGUCGGGACAGUUUUUAUUUUACACUACAACCAAACCAAUUCUCAAAAGCAAAGCGUGAUUUUCUGCAAAGGAGUCUGUGGUUUCUCUCUCUCUCUCUCUUUCUGUCUGUUGCGUUGUUGUUCCCUAUAAACCUCCACCUCUCUGUCUCUUUCUCUGUCUCCAUCAGCCUGUUUGGUCGUUUUAUUUUUUUAUUUUCAGUCAUACAAAAAAAAUGGAAUUGUAUCGCAUGACUUAUAAAUGCAGGGAGUUUUAUUGCACAAAAAAAUGCGGAGCCUUGCGCGCCCCCAGUGUUUGUACGGGGUAACUGCAGGAGCCAAGGCUUUGGAAUAGUUACUACUACUGAGCAGGACCCUAAUACUGUUGGACGAUGAAGACUUAAAGACAAAAAAAUCACAUGACUGUUGCAGGAGGUCACAGAAAAGGAAAAAAAAAAAAUGGUUCCAUCAACUUGCCUGCUGCAUUUUUGAAAGUCAUGGCACCCUAACAUUUGUAUCGAUGCUGCUUGUAUGUUUUUCUUUUUUUUUUUGUUCAUGUUGACGUUGUUGUUGUUGUUGUUUUUUUAAAAAGCCUACUGCUCAAAUGGCCAACAGUUGUGUAGAAGCUUCACAGCAGCACUAGUUCACCUCAUGAGAAGCUGCUGAGAGUGUGUGAGUGAAUAUUUUCUUUUUGUCUUUUUAAAAUUGAAGUGUGUGUUUGUGUGCGUGUGCUUCUCAUGAGGCUCCGUGCCGCUGCAUUGAACAGUCGUCCAGACUGAGAACUUCCCAUUUUUCAACAACCACAAUUAACAGAAGCGAUAGAUCCACCACAUCAAGGUAUAGAUUGGUUAUCAGGCAACAAAUGAAAUAUGCAUCGCUUGUCUUAAACUUGAUUUUUUUUUUUGUUUGAAUAUUGCACUGAUGACUGUUGUUGAAACGUUGGCUUUUAUGUGUCAACAUUUUUAAUUUUUUUCUGAAUAGAAAAAAAAACAAACACAACAAAAUACUAUUGUAUAAAUAUAUGCUCCAGGUGAUAAUGUCCUAAUGUGUGUGUCACUUUGUGGAAAAAAAGAACAUGAUGUUUUUUCUUUUUGACAAAGAUGCGUGUAUCUCUGUGAUUGGGUGUAUGUAUAUAUACAUAUGGAUAUAUAUAUAUCAACGCUGAUGAUGAUGAUAUCUUGGGGCACUUUCUUUUCUGAAGUGCUGUCUUCCUGUUUUUUUUUAAAGGGGAAUAAUACAUUUGAUGGUAAGAUCAUUGUAACAUGAUUAAAAAUUGCACGGUUGUGUGGUCGUCUGGCUCACGAGGGUCAUAACAUUUAUGAUGUAAGGGGCCAGCUGCCGGAUUGGUGUACAUGAGUGAGAUGAUUUUUGUUUUUUUAAUAAAAAAUAAAAAAAAGUGCUGACUUCUUUGGACCAAGUUGUGUUUCUGGUCUUGCUUCAUUUCAAGCAGGAGAGAAACGGCAGAUUUUUUCAUGAGUGAUGCAGAUGUUCCAUCGUGUUUCAUUUUUGUUUGUUUGUUUGUUUGUAUUCUUUUAUUUUUGAACGUUUGUAACACUGUGAUGAUGACGUGACGUCAUGUGGAGAUGAGUGCUGUAUUAUUUUUGUACGUUUGUGUACAAGCCAGUAAAGAAAUCAUUAAACUCA